AUGUGUGAGCAUUGUGGAAAGAGGUUUAAUCGAAGUGGGAGUUUAAAACUACACUUGAGGGUACAUACUGGAGAGACACAUUACAAUUGUGAACAUUGUGGGAAGAAGUUUAAACAAAGUGUGGACCUGAAAAAACAUUUGAGGAUACACACUCGAGAGACACCUUAUGUGUGUGAACAUUGUGGAAAGAAGUUUAAUCAAAGUGGGAGUUUAAAACUACAUUUGAGGAUAAAUACUGGAGAGACACCUUACGAUUGUAAACAUUGUGGGAAGAAGCUUAAUAGCAGUUGUAAUUUGAAAGCAAAUUUGAGGGUACAUACUGGAGAAACACCUUAUGUGUGUGAACAUUGUGGAAAAAGGUUACACACUGAAAAGACACCUUAUGUAUGUGAACAUUGUGGGAAGAAGUUUAAUAAAAAGGAACAUUUAAAAGUACAUUUGAGGGUACACACUGGAGAAACACCUUAUGUAUGUGAACAUUGUGGAAAGAGAUUUAAUCAAAGUGGGAGUUUAAAACUACAUUUGAGGUUACACACUAGAGAGACACCUUAUGUGUGUGAACAUUGUGGGAAGAGGUUUCAUCAAAAGGGUAAUUUAAAUGUACAUUUGAGGGUACAUACUGGAGAAACACCUUAUGUUUGUGAACAUUGUGGAAAAAGGUUACACACUGCAGAGACACCCUAUAUGUGUGAGCAUUGUGGAAAGAGGUUUAAUCGAAGUGGGAGUUUAAAACUACAUUUGAGGGUACAUACUGGAGAGACACCUUACGAUUGUGAACAUUGUGGUAAGAAGUUUAAACAAAGUGGGGACCUGAAAAAACAUUUGAGGAUACACACUGGAGAGACACCUUAUGAGUGUGAUCAUUGUGGAAAGAAGUUUAAUCAAAAGGGUAAUUUGAAAAAACAUUUGAGGAUACACACUCGAGAGACACCUUAUGAAUGUGAUCAUUGUGGAAAGAAGUUUUAUGAAAAGGGUAAUUUGAAAAAACAUUUGAGGAUACACACUGCUGAGAAACCUUAUGUGUGUGAACAUUGUGGAAAGAAGUUUAGUCAAAAGGAACAUUUAAAAGUACAUUUGAGGGUUCACACUGCAGACACCUUAUGUGUGUGA